AUGUCUCUGUGGACCUUCUCUUGGAAGCUUGCUCUGCUCUCCUUGCUGUUAUUACCGGAGAUAUUCUGCAGGGUCUGUCCCCAGCACUGCUCCUGCUCCAUCACCAACUCCAUCUUCUGCACCCAGAGGCGGGCCACCUCCAUGCCUCUCAACCUGCCAGUCUCCACCCGCCAGUUGUACGUCUUCCAGAACGGAAUUACUUCCCUGCAGCAGCACGACAUCCUGGGUCUAGUGGAUCUGGUGGAUUUGGAUCUCAGCCAGAACGAACUCAAGAUGGUUCCAGAUGGGGUCUUUAGUUCCCUCAGCUCCCUACAAAACCUGGACCUGUCCUCAAACCACAUCACCCACAUCUCCAAGGACAGCUUUGCUGGACUGCUGAACCUGGAGAGGUUGUACUUGCACAACAACCGCAUCCAGAGGAUUCACCCGGAGGCUUUCACAGGUUUGGAGCAGCUGCUGGAGCUGAAGCUGCACGGAAACCAGAUUGAUGUGCUUCCUGCGCUAAAGCUACCAAGAUUGCUCCUGCUGGACAUUAGCAACAACAGAAUGGCUUUACCUGGACCCAAAGACCUGCAGACAUCACACCUGGAGUCUCUAAAGGUGGCUGGGCUGGGGCUAACAACCUUGGAUGAGGGAUUAAUAAGAAGUCUGGGGAACCUUCAUGAUUUAGACGUAUCCCAGAACAAGUUAACUGAGCUGCCACCUGUACUGAGAUCAGCGAAAGGUUUGAUUGGCCUAAACCUUGCAGGUAACCCUCUGGGCCCGCUCUCGCAGGAGGACUUUAAGAACCUGGUGGGACUGCAGAAGCUGGAUCUGAGCAGCCUAAAUCUGCAGGGCUUUCCUGUGGGGUUUUUACAGAUGUUCCCCAGGUUGAAUCAGCUAACAGCUGCAGAGAACCCUUUUAACUGCGUUUGUCCGUUAGCAUCGUUUCUCAACUGGCUCAAGGACAUGAAUGUAGAACUUGGUCGAAAAGAGGAGACGCGUUGCCACUUCCCUCCUGUUAAUGCAGGCAAGAUUCUUGCUGAACUGGAACACAAAGACUUUGGUUGCCCCACCACCAUUACCGAACUUUCUGAUGUAUUUACUACCAUCAGAAUGGAAAUGACCCCAGAGCCCACUACUGCUGUGGGUACCACUCUUUCUACCCCUGUUUUUCUGUCCACUAAGGAACCACUGGUUGACUUUAACCAGUAUGUUCCUCAGGAGAAGGAUGCUGCUGCAUCCUCCAGUACUGUGGAACAUGAGGAGCACAUGUGCCCAGUAAGCAUCUGCCUUAAUGGUGGAACAUGUAGGUUUGACCAGGGAGGGCAAAUAGAUUGCCUCUGCCCUCCAGAAACAUCUGGAAAAUAUUGUGAAAACCAGGAGGAGCCUCAACCUUCUCCAGUGGCUCCAAGAAAGGCAGUGAUGACAGUUCCAGUGGUACAACCAGACAGCAUUAGCUCCCACCAUGUGACCAGCACAUCCAUCUCUCUAGACCUGCACCGUUACAUAGAGUCACGUCCCAACAUCCGCGGGAUUCGUCUGACUUACCGCAAUCUGUCUGGUCCUGACCGCAGACCUCUUCAGCUCAACGUCCCGCCCUCGUAUCCGGAGUACACGCUCCGAGGCCUGCAGCCAAACUGUACGUACUUUGUAUGCGCGAGUCCUUUGGGAGAACCAGUAGAGGAAGAGAUGGGUUCCUGCAUGGAGGCUCGGACAUCUGGAGUCUUUUAUCCGCCACCCGAGAACAAGCCGGAACCUUUCUUCCUGCUCGUUCCCAUACUGGUGGCGGUGGCUGCCGUCAUGGCAGUCAUGAUAGUCACCUUGGUGGUGGUGGUUUUGUGCAAGCGAAUUACUAAAACUCCAAAGCACUUAGACCUAGCUGAUCCAACUCCUUUUGAGCUGGAAGGAGUGAAGACAUGUUUAGAGAACGGGACUGCGUCUCAGAAACGUCCUGAGCGCUUACCGCUACCUCAGAACCACACGGAUUACGAGACCCUACUGAUCCAAGAACAGUUUACUUCUAACAACAACACCAACGAGAGGUUACCCUCAUAUUUCUGAAUAUGUGCUGCCUUUGUCGGUAGGCGUGUUGUUCUGUCUGACUGACAAAAGUAUUUAAACCAAGUGCAAUAACCAGACGAGGUAUUCCGCGGUACUCUGUAAUGAACGCUUCAUGGACGGCCAAGUCACUGGGGAACAGGGGCACUAGGGGUGUACAGAUCUAGUGGUGCCAAAGACUUCAACUCCAGUCAGACUGUGAACAGACAGAAUCUUUAAUCGGACUAAACGAAGGUUCUUGCUGAAUAUCUGUCUUUGCAUAUCACCUAUGAAACCCUGGGACUAACCACAAUGUGACUGCUCCUCCAGGACUACCAAGGGCAUCUAUGCUCCUCAACUUGCACUGACCUUGUUUAUGAGUCAGCAAACUAUUUCUGCACUGAUUUGUCCUUCAAAAGGGCUACGUUAGCGAACACGGAGCGCUUCUUCAUCCGCUGUUCCUUCAUGCUGCAGCUUCAAA